AACACUGGCCUGAUGGAUUGAAAAUGGCCCCACCCGUUUCAGUAUUGUAUUUAUUCUGCAUGUUCCAGAUUGUCCUUUCCAAUCGCCUCAAUCGCUACCAUUCAUUUCUGCUAUCACAGCAAAUCUGUCCGUCAAUUUCAUACAUUCCGUAUAUUGCACAAAUUAAUCUCUGCUUAAGGACCUGCAAAACGUAGUGGUAAAGUGUUUUCCCAAGCAUUAAAUGCUGGUGAGGUAGUAAUCUUGGUCUCAGCGUCUGAAGCGCAGGAAUUUUUUUUAAUGGUUGGGUUGUGAAAGGAAAGAUUUUUGUUUCCACCAUUGGUUAAGGUGGGGAUCUGUUUAAAGCUUGCUAUUUUUUGCACGCAUGAUUUGGCAAUGCUAUAGUCCCUGGCCCAUCUGCCAUAAGUAGGAGACAGUCCGUGUAUAUAGUGUCGUUACUCAGUGAGUAUAUCAUUGCAGAGAGGUACCCGAGGCGGUCUGGUUAUCACUUAAACAUGGCAGCUAGGAUGAUGGGUUUCGCUCUUUUUGUUGUUUUGCUCACAUUCUCUGGCUUCUGCUCAUGUUCAGUACCCAGAGAGCUUUUAGCGAACAGUACCCGCAAUGACACUGAUGCUUAUAUUGCCUCUGAAGAAGCUAGUUUCUUCUUAGGAAAUGAUACAACUGCUACUACACCACCCAUUCCUACCACUCCAGGAACAACAUGGUGUGUAGCAAAGAACAAUGUAGAUGAUACAACACUGCAGGUGGCCCUUGACUAUGCCUGUGGACUUGGAGGUGCAGAGUGUGCUAAUUUACAGCAGGGAGGGGUCUGCUUUGAGCCUAAUAAUGUGCAGUCUCAUGCAUCCUAUGCUUUUAAUAGCUAUUACAUGAAGAAUGGUAUGCUGUCAGGGACUUGUGACUUUGGUGGCAGUGCAGCCCCUACUGAGCUGAAUCCCAGUCAUGGGAGUUGCAUUUUUGAGACAGGCACCCCAACUUCCAUUCUCAAUGGCACUAUUCCAGGAAGUGGGGGAUCAAGUACUGGAGUAGCAAGCAUGUCAAACAUGCUCAAGGGACCUGCAGUAUUUAUGAUUCCAUUAAUCUUCAUAAUCCUAUCUCUGGUUGGUGUAAUAUUCGGUGAUAGGAUUUAAUAAGGUGGCACCAGUUAGUGUAAUAUUAUUUAUUAAGGAUAGAUGAUGAUAUUGUCUUCUGUAAUCUCUAGUUCUAAGUAACCUUGGAAGAUUAAGAGUUCUUUUACCUGAGCCAUUGCUUUCUGGUAAUGGAAAAUCUGGAUGUCUUCGGUAAAAGGAAUAUAUUGUUACCAAAAUUUUGAUUGUAUUUAAAGCUCUCUGUAACCAGACUUUUUUAA